AUGAAGAGGUUUCUUUCCAAAGCAAGUAAAUCUGAUAAUGCUGAUUUAAACCAGGAUACGCAAAGUCUGGCUGGGCAAGAUGACAACAAGUCAAGAACAACAUCGUCGUUAAAGCCUAGCAAGAGUAAUAUAUCACACGAGUCGUACGACUCGGUACGGGAGCUAAGGCCCAUGUUUGGUGAAACUGGAAAGCAUCUGCUGCUGCUGUCUCUGAAAAAGCCUUCUGAAGCUGGUUUUUACGAUACGAGCUUGAACCUUAAUCCACUGAUAAUUCCAAAUGACACGGCAACCAUGGGGACAUCCAGCAGUAGGCAUUCAACUGUGCAUGGAGAAGGUGGCUCACUCUUUUCCAGCAAGCAAUCCUUUUCAACUAAACAGUCAUCCUAUCAAAGUUCCAAUACUUCGAAACAACCAUUUCAAUACAACUAUAGCCAGCCGUUGCAAAUUCUCGACUUGGUUGAAAGCGAUACUGGUGAUGAUAGGAGCUAUCACGACCGUGUUUGCGAUGAACUAAAGAAAUUAAGUCAAAAUUUGGCUUAUAUUUUUAUGCAAUACAAUAAUUCGAGUGUGAAUCUCUCCACGACAGUGGUGAAUUCGAUUGAUUGUUUUAAAGAUUUCAACAGUAAAAUAAAGAGGGAAGAGGAAACCAAUGUCACUACAUUGAACAAUGCCAGCUUGAGAAAAAUUGUCAAGUUUUAUCUCCAUUUUUAUGACAAUUUAUUGAAAGAUGAUGUUUAUAUCAAGUUGAAGCUACUAUUAGUCAAGCACUUUAAUGAUUUUGCCACUGUAUUCAACGACACUUUUGAUGAGAAUAAUGUGGUUGCUAAACCUCGAAAUUUUGCUGUAGGAGCCGAUAACAUGGAGGAUUUCCCCAAUGAAGAUGUUAUUACUCGAAUUAUUGAUAAGAUUGCCCACACUAAAAUUUCAGUUCAGGAACAAAAUGGAUCCUUUAUAGCCCCAAUAAUGAGAGGUGUUUCUACAAGAUUGAGUAUCUUGUGUCUAUAUUUCGGAUACCCUGAUCCUCAGGAAAUGCAUUACAAAUUCACACAAAGUAUACACGAUUUGUAUGAGGACAUUCACGUCAUGGUGAUGAGGAACCAAAUUGAGCUUGCUUCUGCAUCGGUACUGAAUCCGCCGCUGAUGCAAAUGGGGAGCACGCCAGUAGCAGUACCAAAACAGAAGUUUAAGCUACCGUUUAGAAUACCCACAGACCCAUUGGAGCCUCCAAUAUCCAUGUCCAUAUCGACGGAAAAUUCCACCAGAGUGUCAGGUACCAUGGGUGGCUAUAUAUACCCCAAGAUAGACCUCACCAAGCAGCCACAUCUCAAGAGCUAUGCAUCGAGUAAAUUUGCUAUAUCAUGUGGCCACGUGUGUUUGGACCCCCAAGAUUCGUCGUAUUAUUGCAACAUUGCAUCUCCAUCAGCAGCAUUGAUUCUGCUAUAUAAACAAGCACUUACUGUACAAUAUCAAAGACAAGCUGGGCAACUUAAUGAAAGUCAUGUUGCCUAUGGAUCGAUAUUGAAUGAAUUGGAGGAGAUGUUUCCUUUGAAAAAAGUCAAGGUCCACGAUAAGCAUUCACCAGAACAUUAUGACAUGCGUAACCUACCACAAGUGAGAUUUGGGCAGAUUAUAUGGGGAGAACGAACGUUGAUCAACUUGUCCGAAACACCUAAUGAACUCAGUGGGCUAGUUGAACGUAAACUCUCCGACUUGGCAAUUAUCAAGGUCAAUAAGCACUUGAAAUGCACAUACAACUAUUUAGGCGAUGAUGUGCCAUUCAAUGAGUACGAUCCAGCCUUAAUCAUGGAUAAUUUGUAUGUCAGAAAGGUUCUCAAUUUGAAACGAUUUACUCCAAAAACGAUAGAUGAGAACAUUAAUGAAGUCGAUUCAAGUGUGUCACUGUCAUCGCAAGAGCAAGAACUGAACUAUCACGGCAUACCUGUGUUUAAAUACGGAUCAACAACAAAGUACACUCGCGGUAACUUGAAUGGGAUUAAAUUGGUUUACUGGCUUGACGGAGCUAUGCACUCGCUGGAGUUUAUUGUCAAUUCAAUAGACAAUAAUUCGGCAUUUGCCAGUGGUGGUGAUAGUGGGAGUUGGGUGCUUACCAAAUUGCAGGAUUUGAAUUCCAAAGCUAAUGGUCUAGGUGUGUUGGGAAUGUUGCAUUCCUAUGAUGGUGAGUAUAAACAAUUUGGGUUGUUUACUCCCAUGUGUGAAAUAUUGAACCGACUAGAAGAGGUGACUAACAUCAAGUGGGGUGUUGUGGGUUGUGAGCUAGAAGAAAAAGGUGCAAAAGUUGAACAAGAAAGCAAUGCAGAAGAUUUGAGGUCUAGUCAAUCACAAGAAGUUGACUAG